GGUGGUAAGGGAACUUUAAUCGGUUAUGUACAUCGAUCAGAAGAUAAAUCGAGUACCGAUUGGAGUUUUAGUAUAGAAAUUGGUACAGCAACAAGGACAAAAUUUACUGCAACAAUUGGUGGAAUUCCAGCUGGAAUAAUUUCAGAUCGAUAUGUAUGCUUACAACCAGCUGGUGAUGCAAAUGCUGAGCAAUGUAAAUGGUUAAAGUACGAAGCAUUACCGUUACGAGAACGACACGUAGCACAUCGUUGGCAGGCGGGAAUUGGUAACUGUCCAGGAUGCAAUGAGCGUGGUAUUGAGAAUUUCUUGCUUAAACUUGAUCCACGACAAUGGCUUGAUGGUUUAAAUUCAACAACUGAAGCUGUCACAUGUGCUUUAGAAAUAGCGCUUAUUAUUGUAAGCAUUUUAGCUACCGUACUAAUAUGUACAAAAUGCAUUAUUCCAUUAGUACGAUGUACAAUUUCAUUAAGCAAACCACCAAAUAAAUAA